CCCGAGGAGCCAAGUGCUUGAGCGUCACGGAAGAGAGUUCGAGCUUAGGCAAGAUGGCGGACGUACUGGAUCUUCAUGAGGCCGGGGGCGAGGAUUUCGCCAUGGAUGAGGAUGGGGACGAGAGCAUCCACAAACUGAAAGAAAAAGCGAAGAAACGGAAGGGACGUGGCUUUGGCUCCGAAGAGGGGUCUCGAGCGCGGAUGCGUGAGGAUUAUGACAGCGUGGAGCAGGAUGGCGAUGAACCCGGACCACAGCGCUCUGUUGAAGGUUGGAUUCUCUUUGUUACUGGAGUCCAUGAGGAAGCCACGGAAGAAGACAUCCAUGAUAAAUUUGCAGAGUAUGGAGAAAUAAAAAACAUCCACCUCAACCUGGACAGACGUACAGGAUAUCUGAAGGGGUAUACUCUAGUUGAGUAUGAAACAUACAAGGAGGCCCAAGCUGCUAUGGAGGGACUCAAUGGCCAGGAUUUGAUGGGACAGCCGAUCAGCGUAGACUGGUGUUUUGUUCGGGGUCCACCCAAGGGCAAGAGGAGAGGUGGCCGCAGACGCAGCAGGAGUCCAGACCGGAGGCGUCGCUGACCCAUCCUCUGUUGUCCAGGUGUUCUCUCCAGAGAUUCCGUUUGACUAUGCAGCCUUGGAGAAAUAGGGCUGGGGUGGAACUCACUGUGUUUAUAUUUAAUCUCUUACGCUAUCUGCUUAGUAUUUCUUUUGAGUUAUGAAUAAAUGUCCAAUUUUUGUUUUCUAAAA